AUGAGUGUACCUGUAGCGAUUGGGUCUACGUUUUUUGGAUGUAUGAGCAAUGUUGUUUUUUUGGAACUUUUAGUCAAAGAAGAUCCUGGCAUAGGAAAUUUGAUUACAUUUUCCCAAUUUUUUUUAAUAGCAUUACAUGGAUUUAUAUUCACAGCUAAAUGUGGUACCAAAAAACCGAGCAUUAGUGUCAAAGGGUACAUGAUCUUAGUAGCAAUGUUUUUUGUCACUAAUGUUUUGAACAAUUAUGCUUUUGAUUUGAACAUUGCCAUGCCAUUACAUAUGAUCUUCAGAGCGGGCUCAUUAAUAGCAAAUAUGGUUAUGGGAGUGAUUAUAUUAAAAAAAAAGUAUACAAUUGACAAAUUUAUUUCUGUGGGAAUGAUAACAGCGGGUAUUACAAUAUGUACAAUUGUAUCAGGUCAAGAUGUGAAAAAAACUGUUGUACAUGGUGUUGUUCAAAACACAUCAGAGCUAGAAGACUUCUUUUGGUGGUGCUUAGGAAUUGCGUGUUUAACUAUUGCAUUAUUCAUUUCUGCUCGCAUGGGUAUAUACCAAGAAACAUUAUAUAAGCAACAUGGUAAACAUCCACAAGAAGCUUUAUUUUAUACUCAUUUGAUACCACUUCCAUGGUUCCUGUUUUUGUACUCAAAUCUUAAGGAACACGCUUUAAUGGCUUUUGAAAGUGAACCAUUGCCAUACAUUGGAUUUGGUAUACCAAGUACCAUUAUUUAUCUUACUGGAAAUGUUUUUACUCAAUAUGUAUGUAUAAGUUCAGUUUACUUUUUGACAACUGAAUGUUCAUCAUUAACAGUAACACUAGUUAUAACAUUGCGAAAGUUUGCCAGUUUAUUGUUUAGUAUUUUGUACUUCAGUAAUCCAUUUACUCUGUACCACUGGAUUGGAACUCUUUUAGUUUUUGUUGGUACAAUCAUAUUCACCGAGAUACCGCAAAAAGUACAACAAAUGACAGCGCCAAAAAAGGCAAAGAAAACAAAAACAAAUUAAAAUUCUAUUGUUAUGAUGUUGGAUUAAUGGAUAUUACAGGAUUAUACUAUAUAUUAAAUUAAUUCUUAUUUAGAAUAAAUAAAAACUUAUUAAUUUAUUUUAUUUGACAAUAAACAGAAAUAAUUUACAAACAAA